UGUGGGGAGGUUGCGGAUGUGGGGCUUGGCGCCUUGUGAGGGAUUGUACUGAACAGGUGGAAUAUUAUGGUUGGUAGGUUCUUCUGGAUUACUUUAAAGGGAAAACUGAGCUGCCUGAAACGGUGUUAUUGAAAAAGGCUGCAGCUUCGGCCGACCGUGAACGGCGCAGCGGCAGCCCCCUCCCGCCGCCGCCAUGGUGGGCCGCUGCCUGGUCGCGCUGCUGGCGGCCGGUUCCUCUGCGCCCAGCUGCGCGGCGCCGCCGCCGACAUUUACGUCAUCAACGAUGACAUCAACAUCACCGUGACCUCAAUGGAGGACGCGCCGUCGGCGUUCGGGCCUGAAGUCGGCGCACAUGGCAUCGGGGGGCCGCUGAUGCUGAGCCGGCCUCUGACCGCCUGCGGCGCACUGAACGUGUCGGCGCCGACCGGCACCGGCCGCCGCUGGAUGCUGCUCAUCCAGCGCGGAGCCUGCACCUUCCAGGAAAAGGUGGCGCGCGCCCAGGACGCCGGCUUCAGCGCUGCAAUCGUCUUCAAUAUCAACUCGGACGCCAUUACUCCGAUGCACGGAGACGGCUCCAAGAAGAUCAACAUCCCGUCUUUCUUCGUGGGCCAAAGUAACGGCAUCAUGCUCACCCGCUUCACCAACGCCUCUAUUUACCACCUGAGGAUCACCAGCGGGUACCCGUUCGACUUCUCCGACUACCUGAUACCGUUCGCGGUAGUCAUCGCCGUCUGCUUCGUCGUGCUCGUCGGCAUCAUGGUGUACCGGUGUUACGCGGACCACCGGCGCGCCAGCCGCCACCGGCUGCCCAAACGCAUCCUGGACUCGCUGCCCGUGCAGCGGUUCGACAAGGCCGUGCACACGUACGACACGUGCGCCAUCUGUCUGGACGACUACGAGGACGGCGAGCAGCUGCGGAUCCUGCCCUGUAACCACGCGUACCACACCAAGUGCGUGGACCCGUGGCUGACGCGCUCGCGCCGCGUCUGUCCCGUCUGCAAGCAGCGUGUGCGCGCUAGCGGCGACUCGGAGGCGUCGUCCGACUCGGACGAGGCGCCCACCGACCACGAGCGCGAGCCGCUGAUCGAGCGGCGCUUGCGGCGCGGCUACGGUACCACCGGCACGGGCCGCGGCCGGAUGCCGGCUGCCGCCGCUGCCGUCGCUGCCGCCGCCACGUCACGGGACGAUUCCGCCAGGGACCAGCCGCCGCGCCGCCCGCACAGGGCCCGCCGCUCCCGCCGUCUGCAGCGUCUGGAUGCGAUGAUGGCGCGCGCCGCCCAGCCAGCCGAUGGUCUAAACGCCCUCCAAGAGGAGGAGCCCACCUUCGUGGUGCCGACGUCUGGGUGA